ACGUGCUCCAGAGAGUGGGAGCUGACCCUCCGCAAGGAGCUCAGGUGGUGCUUGAGAGCGUUGGCUCCUCCUGUGGGGCCUUGGACCGCUGAGCUGGCCCUUGGACUGGGCUCUGAGCUGGGGCGGAACUGCGUCCUAGGAGUCGAGGAAGCGGCUGGUUCCCGGCAGCCUGUGAUAACCCCAGACAGAGAUGCGGCUUUGUCUUCACCAUUCUGUGCCUUGUAAUUGAAAUGAUUUACAUAAAUGUGGAGCGUGUGCGCCAACCGGAUGGGCCUGGGGUCUGGCAGGCGGGGGAGAAGCGCCUGGUUCGGGCGGGAGGUGGCAGAGGGGGUCCUCCCGGGGCACCAGAGAGACGAGCAGCUGCGCUCCUAGAGAGGCACGGAACUGGCCGGACACCGCGCUGAGCUGCCCCGCGGCGACAGGCGAAGCCCUCGGCCCCCGCCCGCCUACGGGAAGAGCUGGCGAGACCCGGGCGCGCCCACGGUCGGGGCUCUGAGGAGGCGGCCGGCACACCCGACUGUGGAGCCCUGGGCCACUUCGCUCCCAUGGGAGCCUUUCACGAGGUCGGCCACGUCUUUAUUGUGCACUGUCCCUGAACUUUUGGUCUGUUAAACAACACUUAGACAUUGAGUGCCCACUGUGAGACAAGCGCUGUGCUAGUUCCUGGGAUGUGAUCUCAGUCAGAUACGUUCUGGCCCCGCCGGACUGUCCUGCUGCUGGCGUCUCAGGUACGUCUGCGCGCAUUCAUCAAGAAGCCCAUCAGUAUUUGUUGAAUACCAGCCUCUAAGCUCAUCAUGUAUGAAGCUUUGCCAGGCCCUGCUCUUGAAAAUGAAGAUGGCUCUGUAAAAGUGAAGGAGGAAGAUCCCACCUGGGAGCGGUUGUGCAAUGCACAGGAGGGCAGUUCCCACACUCAGGAGCUUUGCCGCUUACGCUUUCGACAGUUCUGCUACCAGGAGGCUUCUGGGCCCCGGGAAGCUCUGGCCCAACUCCGAGAAUUUUGCCACCAAUGGCUAAGGCCAGAGAUGCACACCAAGGAGCAGAUCCUGGAAUUACUGGUGCUCGAGCAGUUCCUGAGCAUCCUGCCCAAGGAGCUCCAGGCGUGUGUGCAGAUGUAUCCUCUGGAGAGCGGGCAGGAAGUAGUGACGGUGCUGGAGAAUCUAGAGACAGGACGUGGAGACACAGGACAGCAGGCCUCUGUCUACAUUCAGGAACAGAACAUGCACCUAGAGGUGACAGAUUAUCAUGGAGUCUCUUUGGAAUGUCAGAACCUCCAGCUUCUGCCUGGUGAAAGUACCCUGAAGUGUGAACCUCCACAUCUUCACCAAGAAAACCCCCAAGAAGUGAGUGGGCCUGUUCCCCAGGGACUAGCCCAUCUCCAGGAAGAAAGCCCCAGAGACAAGGCAGCAGUACUUGAGUUUAACCCAGCCAGGUCCCAGACAUCAGUGAAGACUGAGGAAGAAACAGCCCAGGUCCCUGCCCCACAGGAGUGGCCACAUCUAAGUCUGGCUCAGAGGAACCUCUGUGGAAACUCAACUCAGGAGAAGGCUGCAAGCCUUGGUCUGAUGACUGAAGAAAUUAUAACUAAAGAUGGAUUGUUUAAUGCAAAGCAAGAAACUUCUGAAGAAAUGAAACAAGGUUGGGAGGCCUCGGGAAUACCCAACAGAGAUCAUGUACCCCAGAUCCCUUAUAUUCCUGUCCCUACUGAAAGGACAGUUACACAUUUGAACACUCUGAAGGACCGUCACCCAGGUGACUUAUGGGCCCGGACGCACAUUUCAUCCGUAGAAUAUGCUGCAGGAGAUAUUACCCGAAAAGGGAGAAAAAAAGACAAAGCUCGAGUGAGUGAACUACUACAAGGCCUUGCAUUUUCUGGUGACUCAGAUGUGGAGGAAGAUCAUGAGCCUGAGACUCAGCCUGCUCAAAAGAAGCUAAAGGUGUCAAGUGUCCCAGAAAAGAAUUGGACCAAAAGAGACAUUAAACCCAACUUUCCAAGCUGGUCAGCGCUGGAUUCUGGACUUUUGAAUCUCAAGAAUGAAAAGUUGAACCCAGUAGAGCUCUUUGAAUUAUUUUUUGAUGAUGAAACAUUCAACUUAAUUGUCAGAGAAACCAAUAAUUAUGCUUCUCAGAAAAAUGUCAGCUUGGAAGUCACAGUUCAGGAAAUGAGGUGUGUGUUUGGUGUUCUGCUUUUGAGUGGAUUUGUGAGGCGUCCCAGAAGGGGAAUGUACUGGGAAAUCCCUGAUGCUGAUCAGAACUUGGUUAGAGAUGCUAUCAGAAGGGACAGAUUUGAGUUGAUUUUCUCAUACCUGCACUUUGCAGAUAAUGGCCAUCUAGAUCAAAAAGAUAAGUUUACAAAACUGAGGCCUCUCAUAAAGCAAAUGAAUAAAAAUUUCCUCUUGUAUGCUCCCCUAGAAGAAUACUAUUGCCUUGAUAAGUCAAUGUGUGAAUGCUUUGAUAGUGACCAAUUCCUGAAUGGAAAGCCUAUUAGAAUUGGCUAUAAAAUUUGGUGUGGUACAACCACACAGGGUUAUCUGGUGUGGUUUGAACCCUAUCAAGAAGAAUCAAGUAUGAAGGCGUAUGAAGAUCUUGGCCUUGGGUUAGGUGGAAAUCUAGUGAUGAACUUUGCUGAUGUUCUUUUAGAAAGAGGUCAAUAUCCCUACCACCUGUGUUUUGAUAGCUUCUUUACAAGUGUCAAACUAGUGUCAGCCUUGAAGAAGAAGGGAGUGAGGGCAACAGGAAUGAUUCGUGAGAACAGGACUGAAAAAUGCCCCCUUAUGAAUGCAGAACAUAUGAAAAAAAUGAAGAGGGGGUAUUUUGAUUUCCGAGUGGAAGAAAAUGAUGAGAUAAUUUUGUGUCGUUGGUAUGGUGAUGGCAUUAUCAGUCUGUGCUCCAAUGCUAUAGGCAUAGAACCAGUUAGUGAGAUAAGUUGUUUUGCUGAUGAUGAAGAGAUCCCUCAGAUAAGUCAACCAUCCAUAGUGAAAGUGUACAGUGAAGGCAAGGAAGGUGUAGCUAAAAUGGAUCAAAUUAUUUCCAAAUAUAGGGUGAAAAUAAGAAGCAAGAAAUGGUACUCAAUUUUGGUGAGCUACAUGAUUGAUGUAGCCAUGAACAAUGCAUGGCAACUACACAGAGCCUGUAACCCAGGUGCCUCUCUAGAUGUCUUGGAUUUUCGGAGAUGUGUUGCGCAUUUCUACUUGGAACACAAUGCUAAUCUGUCAGAUGAAGGCAGAUAAAUGGGCACAAUGUAGACAUUAACAAGAGAUAGCAAAAUGAUAACUACACAUUAGAUUGUACCCUUCCAAAGCAAAUCUGAUGUAUGUAGUGAAAUUAAGUAAUUCAGUAAUAUUUUAAAAAUCAGACAUUUAUAUAGAGUUUCAAAGACCUGUAACAAAUAAUGUUAAAAAUUAUCUGUGAAAAUGUUGAACUCCAGUGGUACCCUUUCUCUAUGUCUAAUUUUGUGUCAGACAUGUGGGGAAGCAUUUCUGUGUUUCAUUGA